AAUUUUUUUAAUAUUUUGCUUAUCAUACAAAAUAACUCGUGUUCUUUUCGUUAGCUGAUAAAAUUAUUAAUCAAGGCUUCCUUUCCAGCAAACAGUAGGGGAAAGAUAUUGAAAAUACCGAAUUAAAACCAUAAACUGAUUAUCAUCACUGAAAUCACCUAAAAUGCCCGAUAGGAUAGCUUCCAAUAAGGCGGGAAUCGUCUCAACGAAAAAGUAAAACAAGGGUUUAUCUCGGAAUGAAUUGUAUUAUAUAAGCCUUUACUGAAAUCAUUUACUGAACAACACGAUCGAUAGCUGGUUAAACAAUAAAGCAAUACACAAUCAGAAAAAAAACACAAAAACCUGAAUACAUUGCGGACAUUGGAGCAAUGAAAGUUGAAAUCGCGAAGGACAAAGACCUUCCGCUGAUGUUUGAUCGAGAAACCGAGAGAGAAGGAGAUACACUAGUGUGUUGUAUUUUAGCCGAGAAUACCAUCGGAAUCGGCGACCUGUACACCAUGAUUCAUCCCAGGGCCGCAUGUUUAACCUGUGAAUCUGGGUCUACAACCUCUACUCGUCGCCACGCGGUAAAUCAUUUGGUUUUUAUUCCCAAAACAAGUGUUCAAGGAUUUUCCAGAAUUACUUGUGCAUAAAAAUCGGAUGACAUUGCCCACAUGCUCCGCGUGCUCAUUCCAGCCUAUUCAGUGUUGCGGCAAAUCUAAUAAAAUUGUUCAUAAUAUUUCUUGAUAAAUCAUCAUCGAUCAGAUGAAGCUCGAUAUAGAUCCCAUGAGAUUUCCCUUCAUUGAUGAGAUAGCAACAGCCGAGGACUCGAUGAAAAAAUAACAAAAAAAAAAACAAGAAAAAAAGUGAGCUACACGCGUCACUGUACCCAUCCUGGCAGAGUAUGGGAGAUGUUCUCCUUCGGGGAUUGCGACGUCAUGGUGCCGGCAGACGAUAUGGAGAAUUGUUGAUUGGUGCUGGUGCCAUUUUCCUCCCUCCUCGUACAUGAUCGAGUUGGGAUGACGAGUUCUGCUGCAGCAGGGCCAAAUACAAAUUUCGACAGGUUUUUUCACAUCAGCAUUCAAAGGUCAAAAUUUUGGAAUUUUUAAUCAGUAAUUGUCACAUCAGUUACAAAAAUGUGAAUUUCCACGAAAAAUGAGUUACUCGAAGGGCACCACUACUAGUGCGCCCCCUCACGCUUGACACAGCCCACCCCCACCACAGACUUCAAGAUGAACCGAACUUGUCUGAACACGCUUACUGCCUGUCUGUUUGUCCAGAUAGACGGACGUUUACUCGCAGAACGUUGCCAAGUGUUUGAGUGCUUACAAAUUAGUUAUUAAGAAAAAAUCAGUAGGUUAUCAGUGGGUGUUAACGCAAAUGCGCUCUCUCUUGGAUGAAAAAAAAAUUCGCGCCUGGUCUGACAUUCAUAGAAGUUUCUACUGCAAGGGUGAUCCAUUUGUCAGGGAUGGCGAAUAGUUCGAGGAGACUUGUAUCGAUGAGGUAUCCAAGAUUUCUUGGAUUUACUGCGUUUGUGGCGAUAAUCGCUCUGGGAGCUGCGACGGAGACUCCGUGCCAAGACGAGGGGGACUGUCCCCCACAUCAGUUCUGUUACGAUGUUUCAAACAUAUGUGUGUACUACACAAACUGUAGUCAGUACAACCGUGAGGAGGGUGUCGAGAAGGCGCAGAAUCCCUCACAGUGUGGAAAAUGUCUGGAAGGAUAUGUCAGUAAUACUGUGGCGAGUGGAGAAGAGGAACCUGUAUGCAAAAGCAAGGUUCAACUCCCAGUGGAUCCUCCAAUGAUUGAUUAUUAUCCUCAAUGGAGCAUUUAUACAGGAAUUGUAAUGUUAUGUGCAACAUUCAUAGGAUUUCCCAUCUAUUGUUUGAAAAGACGUGCGACCGGUGGAUACAAGAAGUGGUUUAAGACAGUUGGAGCCUGGAGAUUCACGCCGAGUGCGCCUCCCCAAGAGAAUGUUUUUUUUACAGCGUAUCACCUGCAACAACGCUUCUACAGUGAUGAGGACCCUCCGAUCUAUUCUACCGUAAUUGGCAGUAAUAAUAACAACAACAAUGUGAAGGACCGACUGGUGAACGCGAUGCCAACGACGCCUCCUUCCUGGGUGCGCGUGGACCCACGUUAUGACGAGGAAGACGGUAAUGUGAUUACAUCAGGGUCCUCAUCAAUACCCACCGCGAUUGAAGUUGAAGAUGAGGAAACAACCCCCAGUUCUUGGACCCCCGAAAGCUUAGCAGUACAAGUGCCAUCAAGACCAUUUCUUCAGUUCGCUCCAGAGCAGAGAGACAAUGUUCUAAAUACUGUACUGGUUCGAGGUGAUUGUGGCUCAAAUUCACGUCCUCAAGAUGCAACGCCUGAACCCUCCUCAGAACCUCGAGACAGAGGACGAGGAGGCAAUACUUAUCAGGGGCCCAACGUUCAAAUCAACCAGACAAUCACCCUCAACAUGGUCAAAAGUGAUAAUUAGUGGAAUAUGCUAUGUGCCAAGUUAUUAAUAAUUAUCUCGGUUUUCACGUUACCACAAGACUUAUUGCUCAAUUGCUCGGUGAAAACUGAGAAUACAGGGCAAAUGGACUAUUUUCUUAGGUAUUUUUACGGUUGAUGGACCAUUCAAGUCUCAAUGAACUGUUAGUAUUACUUCCGAUAUUUCAAUUGAUACUGAAAAAAGUCUCUCUUCGUUAACUCGAAUCCUCUGUUUGUGAUUGAAUUUCAUAGAAAAUUAAUUUCCACUGAAGAAUAUUUCGUUAAACCCUCUGAGUUUGAUACUCCCUCUCUCGCUAUCGCUCAACUUAUCUGAAUCGUUUAUGCAAAUAGAGAAAUAAUGGAAAACUCCACCUUAUGAAUAUAUAUUGUUGCCAUGAGAAUUCAUUGUGAUGAAUUUCUCGUCGUUAUGCAUUUUGUCUGAAACGGAGACCAGUUGAAUCUAAUUUUAAGAUCGAAUAACUCAUGUGGCAUCGGGACGACUCGAUCUUCUUGUGAUUCAAUUUUUUUUACAUGAAUAAUUGUUUGUAUAAAUCGUUUCUCCAAUUAUUGUUGGAAUUAUACUUUUAGUGACUUUCUUCCUUUUUGCAAUAUUUGCAAGAGCAAUUUCCUUUUGGGAUUCCACAGUGAAGGACAAAAUUGUAUAAAAAGUUAUUAUUAUUAUUAUUAUUAUUAUUAUUAUUCGAAAUUAAAAGUUAUUUUAGAGAAUUUAUGUUCUUAUUUAAAUUUUAAAAUUGAAAAUUAUUUGGGUAAACUGUAACGUAACAUGGCAGGGCAUUCGCGUGUAGAGCGUCCAAUUUUUUAACGUUCACGAUAACCGAAGAAAAUAAUUAACUCUAUUUUUUUCAAUUAUUAUUAAAUACCCAGUGAAACAAAUAAUCAUUUAUCGAUAGCAUAAUUUAUCCACAAAGUGCAACGAAUAGGCAAAACAUCUGUUAUGUAAUAAUCGAAUACUUACCUCAUAUCACCCAAGGAUACGAAAAAAUCUUAUUUAUGAUAACCCCAAGGAUGAAGGAAAAUUCAAUGGCUAGUCACGUGUCUCCAGUGAAAUUGAAAAUUUAUUUAACAAAAAAAAACAAUUACAAUUAACUUAUCAUUGGGUUAGUCGGUUAAAAAAAUAUAAAGGUAUGAACGUAAUACUAUUGUUCUUGCCAAAAGAUGAUUCAAAUUCAAUUUUCAAUAGAAUACAAGUGCCUGGGGCAAUGCGAGCUUGCUAGCUCUGUAACAAAACUAUUAGGAGCAAGAGAAUGAAAAAGAAUCAAUGAAUAAAAAAAACUUUUUUCAACGGUGA